AUGUGUGGCGCCCUUCCGAGCGGCGCCACAGUUUCACUGUGUGGCGCACGUCAGAGCGUAGCACACAUCAGCGUCGACCGCGCCACGUCAGAUGGGCAAGUGACGCCGCAGGCACGGGUGCCACACAGUGAGAUUGCCGACCGCGGCUUCCACGGCGCCUACUACGAAGCCAUCGUCACCGCGCGCCUCCCCGCCUCCGGCGGCUACGAGGUAGUAUACUCAACCCUAGUCGAGGACGGCGGCGGCGGCCCACUGCGGGAGGCCGUAGCUCCGGCGAACGUGCGGCCGAGGCCGUCGCCACUGCCUCCCCCGGGCGCGGCGCGGUGCGACCUCAACGUCUUUGACAUGGUGGAGGCGUACCACAAUGAGGGGUGGUGGCCGGGUGUCGUGUCCGGCGCGUGGCCUGCGUCGACCGUGAUGGAGCCGCGGUACGCCGUGUCGCUCCCAACUCGGGAGGUGGUGGAAGUUGUGGCUUCGCUUGUCCGUCCGCGGCGAGUAUUCGUGCGCGGGCGCUGGAUGGAUAUGCAGGAAGUGGUUCCAAGAGUGCCACUGUAUGAUGAGGGGAGCAAGGUGGAAGUAAUAUGUCCUCAAGGAAAGCAGGGUAUGAUGACUGCUACUGUCAUUAAGAUGGUUGACUCUGCAAACUAUGUAGUUCAGCAUGGGGAUAGUAAAUGCUCAAUUCUGGUCCUACAUUCUCGUUACAUCCGGCCGCCACCAGACUUUGAUAGAUUGAAGUUUCAAUAUAACUUGGAGCCAUCUGCAGAGGUGGAAGUGUAUCAGGAUGGUACUUGGUUACCGGGUGUCAUUUCAGAAAUUGGAAGUUGUGAAUCUAGCAAAUAUGCAGUAAGGGUGAAAAAUCACAACAACGCUGAUGAAGAGGACUACACACUUGUGUCGAGUGCAUUCCUCAGACCCUGCUGCAAAUGGGAUGGACAGCAAUGGAGGCUUUCCUCAACAAAGGCAUCUUACCAGCUUCACAAGAAACAUUCUAGGAAAAGAAAGUAUACACUUUCUAUUGAAAACAGCCUAUCACCAGUAUUCUCGACACCUGGUGGAGAUAGUGAUCGGAAUAGCUUUGUCCGUAACAAAAGGAUGAGGACAGAUAACGUGAGAAAUGAAGGGCUACACAUGAGGCAUUCUUUACCUCCUAAUGAAGUUACAACUGGAUCAUCAUCAAAGGGUGACAUAGAUAUGGAAGCUCCCGCAGAUAAGCACACCACGAUGAUGGAAAAUCUGGACAAUGAAAUUGAGGCAAAGGGUAAGGAGUGCAUGCCGGCAUCUAACAUAGUGCUAAACAUGAGUUGCAAACAUGGCGAUCGGAAAAAGCGAAACUGUCUGACGAAGCCAUUUGCUAAUACGAGAGGAAACGACAAAUCUUCAUACCUUGAUGUAGUUGAAAUUAGUGAUAGCUCUGGAUACAGUGAUGUUAUUGAAAUCUACGACAGUUCCAGUUGUAACCCUAGCAGGAGAAGGAAAAGGCGGAAAAGUCCCAUUGACACAGGAGAUGGGCUUAAUUGCAGGACUGUUCAACUUCAUCAAGAAUCAUUGCCCAAUUCAGCACAAAAUACUCCGUCUAACCAAUGUGUGUUACUAGCUUUGGGACUAGAGGAGGCAUCACAUGUUCCUUCCAAUAACGAGGGUGUGCCACUAACUCCUCUGUCAUGCUACCCAGAUUUAAUGAUGCAGCCACUUCAAGUGCUCCCUACAUUGAAUGAAAGAAAAGAACUGCCACUUUCGGAUCAUGUUUGUUCUGAAGCUGAGCCAGUGACACCUUAUGAUUCUACGGCUAGAGAUGGCAUUCAGGAAAUGUGCCAAGAAGUUACAGAGGCUAAGAUUUUGUUGGCUGAUGACUGCGAUGAAGUACCAGACACCUUUUCAUUAACUUCCCAAAACAGUAAGCAGAGCAUUGGUGAUCUAGUACAUGGAAAAGCCAGCUCAAUGAGACAACUGUCAAGAAAUUCUGAGGUCUCAAUUUAUCUGAAAAUAGGGUCAUCUUCAUCUGCAGAACAGUUUCUUCCAUCAAAGGAUAUGGAAGUACCCGAGCGAUGUAAAAAGACCCAUGAUGUGAUGGGAAUGGUGAACAACAUUGCAGGCAUCUGUCUCAAGGAAAAAGAUAACUUCAUGAACUGUAUGCCUUGCCCAAACUCAGAAGGGUCUUCCUCAUUGGCGCAUCCUGGUAGGAUACUGAUGCAUCCUGCUAUGACCAUGGAUCUAUCCGCCUUUAUGCCAGCACCUAACAUCAAUGGUCUUCCUCCUGAACUUGUUACAAGUUCUUUGCUAUUGGGACUCCUCAAUAAAAUGGAGGUCUUCACAAGGCUACCACAAAAUCUACACUUCAGUAAGCUGCUGCAGGAUUCCCACCCAGAAUUGCGUGAAGGAAAGGCUAUAGGACUUGUGAUUUCAUUUUCCCAUUUGGCCGAGAGCAUACAAAAUAUGCGAAUUCAGGACGACGAUAACAAAUUUCAGCAGAAAAUGAGCAGCCUUGCAGAGCUGGAAGAGAAUGGGUUUGAAGUUGGCACCCUGAAGGAGCGUCUCGAGAACCUGCUCCGUAUUAAGAGUCGUCACAUGGAUUUCAAGGGCAAGAAGGCGAUUCUGGAACAUGAUAUACUUGAGAAGGAAGGAGCAUACAACAAAGUUGAACAAAAGGUGGGAAUACUAGACAUAGGCAUCAAGGAGCUGGAGCGAAUGCUUUUGCAUGCUCAAGAGGAGAAGGCAUCGCUCGUGGAGCAGAAAUCAGCAAUAGGUUUAGAAAUCUCCAAGCUCCAAGGGGAUGCUUGUCGAGCUGAGGAGUUAUAUAUGUCCGCGGAGAGCGAUUUCGGACGCACAGCCACUGCACCGUGGGAAGCAUGCUUGCCUGCUGACAAUACUGCCUCUGACUUGGUGCUUGCUACUACAGCUUGCUCUAUAUAAUUUUACUCUUCUGCUGUUUUAAUGCAUUAGGAGGGGAAUGAGAGAUAGCUAGACCUAUUCCCAUGCACUCGGAAAUGAUAAGCUUAUAUGGACUUCUCUAA